UUGGAACCGCAGCUCGACCCCAUUGAGUUCUCCAACUGGCGCAACAAUUACCGGGGACUUGACACCGACUGUUGCGUCUACGGGUUCCGCGGACCGGCGGCACCCAUCGACACGCGCGUCCACUUCUACUUCAGUUCCGAGCGUUUCUUCAGGGCCUACACCAGCGACGAUAUCCAAGAGCACAAGAACAAGGCACUGCGAGCCCUGAAUGAAGCCGACGCAACAACGGACUGGCAAAAAGUUUCGGACGAAAUUUUCUACGAAGUCGGGACUAUUCCUGGGUGGACCAUGCCGAUCAGCGCAACCAUCGAUCCGGAUGUGGUGGCCGAGUAUGUCUUCCUGGGGCCGAACCAGGGAAGUUUCAUCUACUUGGAAUACGUGAAGGGCGUACGUGAAUAG